AUGAUUUCUUCUCGGAAAUUUACUCGAUUGAAAACCAGCGAAAAUUUGCCGGUGCUUGUUCUGGCAGUUAGUGUUAUUAUAGUUAUUCAGCUAUGUAAUAUGCGCGAUGAGAAAACGGCGAAUCAAUAUAUAAUCAAAGAUGAUGGAAAGAGAAGUUCGGGAUCAUGUGAAUUGUAUCCAUCGACACUUUUAAAUAAUGUUCCAAUCGAUAUGUCAUCGGAAUUAACGUGGACAGAUGUGGAAAACGAAUGUUUAGGCGGCAUUUACACUCCUAGUGAUUGUACUAGUCGGCAGCAACUUGCCGUCAUUAUUCCAUUUCGUUAUCGUGAAAAACAACUUCAGAUGCUUUUACGACAUCUUCAUCCAUUUUUACAACGGCAAAAGCGAGCCUAUCGAGUGUUCGUUGUUGAACAGUAUGGCAAUGGCACUUUUAAUAAGGGUUUAAUUAUGAACGUGGCAUUUAAUUAUGCUUCGAAAAUAAUUUCACCACUGUUUGAUUGUUUCAUCUUUCAUGAUGUUGAUCUGAUACCAGAAAAUGAUUAUAAUGUUUACGAAUGUGAACAACAGGGACCACGGCAUUUAGCACCAGCUGUUGAUGAAUUACGUUACUUUUUAAUGUACAACGAUUUGAUCGGUGGCGUUCUCGCCUUGACUAAGGAACAGUUCUUCAAAGCAAACGGGUGGUCAAACUUGUAUUGGGGUUGGGGUUUCGAAGAUGAUGACAUGAAUCAUAGAUUGCGUCAUGCAGGAUAUCGUAUAAGUCGACCACCGAAUCGUAUUGGUCGUUAUAAAAUGAUUCGUCAUAAAAAGCAAACACCUGCAACAAACCGCUAUGGUACACUAAGUAAAUGGCUCCGUUAUUCUUACGAUGGCGUUCGGCAACUCAGCGUUUUGGAUUAUUCUGUUGCCAGCGUUGAAACACGUCCGUUGUACACUCAUAUCUUAGUCAAUUUUACUCGUUCAGCGACAAAAACGAUUGAUCAUCUGCAAUAUAAAGAUUCACGAAAAUCUUCUCGUCUUUGUUAUCAUUACAUUUCCACGAUUGUUUUCACGAUUAUUCAUUUUAUCUUCGUACUUGCUUAUAAUAAAAUUCUUCCGUGGGAAAUAGGUCUAGUCGUUUUAUUUCUUCUUCUUAUUCUUCAUUACGCACAGCGAUUAGGCGCAUCUCUGUUCAAAUCGGAUCUGACAUGGUUACCGAUCGGUAUUCAUCAAGAACACAAUCCAAAUGUGUCAUCCAUUGUUGUUACUAAAUUCCUUGUUUCCAGUUUACUUCUCUUUGGAUAUACAUGUCAGUUAUGUUUAACAACAGUUUGUACACCAUCGAUCUACUUCAACUGGUUUCUCAUCGUCACCGAUUGUCGGUACACUUAUACAAAUCUACUUUCGAGUUAUACAUUCGCCGGUGGAAUUCUUGUGUUGUUAACAUGGACGAUUAUCUUGGUUUUGCAUAUAAUUUUGCAAAAAAUGCGACCUUGA